AAGAUUAUCCACCCAUUAUCCAUCAAUCAGAGUUUUGAUCAUUCGUAUUCGUCUACAAAGUUCACGUUGAGUUUCUGAGAUCUGUGAUUAAUUAAAAUUGUUAAUGGUUUCUAGUGUUUAUUGUAAUAGUAUUUGCUUGAAUACCUUUAUUUCAUCAUGGGUAAAGCGAAGAAGGGAAAGAAGUUAGACCAUGAGGAAGAAGUUGAUGGAGAUGAUAUUGAAGUUCCUGAAGAUGUCAGUGCCAACAAAACAAAGGAAACGAAAGGGAAAACAAAAGGUAAAACUGAAGACGUGGAGAACAAUCUGAUUGAAGAUGAGGACGACGUGCAGAGCAAAAAGAAGAAAGUAAAGAAAGAGAAAAAGAAGAAAGGUGAUGAUGAUGAUUAUAAUGAGGACGUGAAUGAGGUUUCAACAAAACUCCAGGAAAUUUCAACAAAGGGAAAAAAGGAAAAGUUGAAGAAAAAAGGAUCUGUUGAGUCUGAAGAUGAAGACGGUGCUGAGGAAGGAAAAAAAGUCUCUAAAAAGGAUACUGAAAAGAAGAAAAAGAAGAAGAACAAGAAUGACUCUGAUAGUGAUAGUGAAAUUGUAUCUGAAGUGCGGACUAACAAAGGUGCUAAAAAACCGGGUUUUGCAUUGUUAGCAGUGUCUGAUGAAGAGGAGGACAAGCCAGAAAUAGAUGUUAAAGAAGAUUCGGAAAGUGAAGUAGUAGUAGAAAGGACUAAAGUGAGUAAAAAAGGAGAAGGAUAAGAGUGGUAAGAAAGGCAAAAAGAAGAAGAAAGAUGAGGAGGAUGAUGAAGAUAUCGAAAAAAUGUUGGCGGAGUUACAGAUUGAAUACUCAGGAGGUGUUGUGCCAAAAGAAGAAAGCGUUGAAAAAGAAG